AAAUGCAAUAAUUUGUGCGCGUCUCUGUGAGGCGGGCGUGUGUUGAGCGGCGCGUGUGAGGAACUAACUUGUUGGUGUUGAAGCGGUUAGCGGAAUCUUACCCUCGCUCGGGUACUGCGGCGGUGAAAUGAGGAGCUGAGUAUUGGUCGCUUGAGUGUCUUGUGUCGGGAUGGCGGUGUUCAAUAAGUGGGUCGCGCUGAAGAUAGUCGAGUUUUUAUUCUGCGUGGCGUGUUUGGUAGCCAAGCGCGUCGCUUCCGACGACGAGGCUCGGUUGGCGCUGCUGCUGCAGAAGUUGUCGCGGGAGUGGUCGCUGCUCACUUCCGUCACCUGGGACAAUGUCGGAAGCGCCUUCGCCGACGCCACAUACGGCGGUUACGUGAUUAUCACAUUCGGGCUGGUGUUCGCCCGCGUGUACCAGGAGAUCCCGCGCGGCAGGCGGGUCCUGGAGGGAAUACUCCUCGGCUUUGGGCUACUCUUCUUCCUCGUUCUGGGUGGUCUAGAGCUGGCAUCUCUAGAUUCAGUCCCAGAAUCGCUGACAGUGAACGCAUGUAUCCUGGGUGCCCUAUCUCUGUCUGUCGCAGCCUUAUUCUUACUCGAUCUUAUGGGUCCUAGGGUCUACACAGCCACCAGACCGUCACAAACAGACUCCGCCAAAUCUCCUCAGGCCGAUAAGAAAGUCACAAUUGUCACCCAAUCUACGAAUGGAAUGGCGACAAAAGGUGUCUCUAUACCUGGAACAACUACAACUGGACAACCCAAUAACGAGCCUGCAAACAUAAAACAAAAUGGCUAUGCCCACCCUGAACGACCGAAAGACUUAAAUCUUAAUAUAGAAAAAGAUGUUAAAAAAGACACUACUUCGUUAUUUGAUUCCCCAAAAACUACUCUAUCAAAGCUUGAGGAUUUGCAGAUAGAGAAAGAGUUGGAAACUUCAAAGUUUGGUUCCCUGAGAAACAUUGAGGGUGGUAAUUACGUUCGACUUUCAGAUCCCAUGGUGAUCCCGGAUAGACUGCACUACGAACAGGAGCUCGCCAAAUUUAAUGAAAAGUAUUUCAGGGAUUACUUGGAGUACGCGGAAAGUUUGGAUGGCAGUAAUAAAUUGUCAGUAAAAGAGAACUAUCUACCAGAAUUGCAGACGCCUGUUUUCUCUAAAGUAAAGUCGGGUAGACUGAAAAGUUUGUAUGACGACAUGUCGCCGAGUUACGAGAGAAAGCGGCAAGGUAAGUCACCGACGCGAGCGAAAACAGUUGCGACGCCGACGCUGCAGCAACUGGAAAACUAUUUGAAGAGUCCGGCGAAAUCGCGCCGAGCGGACACCCCGGCGAUGUUCCCCAUGGAACGUAUUGUGGAGAAGGCCAACGAGGUGGAGGGCCGCGUGUCCGGCACGCCCACCGACCCCGGCUACGUGCAGUACGCGGCCGACAAGUGGCCGGACAAGCGGGAGCUGAGGACACCGCGCCACAGUCCCACAGAGUGAUAAGUGAUAACAUUACCAUCCGUCCAGUGCCGGAUUAAGCAAGCGUGGCGCCCGUGGCAAAUUAUUUCAAAGAGCCCUUGAUUUAUAUUGGAAGUAGUCGGUUAACGAUUGUCUGACGUGGAUUGUCUUUGGAAAAUUUGUAACAUUUCACGAUUUUGUGACAUCAAGUAAAUUAAAUAUAUUCAAACAAUUACGCUCAGGCAGAGAUGAAAGGGCAUAAAUAUGCGGGGGCCCUUUUUCGCACGGGGCCCGUAUCAAUUGACAUUACUCUUGUUACCUGGUCAAUCCGGCACUGUAUCCGUCCAUUCGUUUGUAUACAAACAAUUGUAUAUAACGACUGUAAAUAUUGUAGCUAUUAGUUAUUACAUUGAUAUUUUUCUAACAAGGUUUGUAUUCUUAAUGAAGUUAUAUUUAUAGUACGAAUUGUAUACUUAUCACAGCGUGAUUAAGAACGCUAUUGUUUUUAUUGUUAUUAUUUUAAUUAACUAAUCAUGGUUAAAUAAAGGUUCAAAUAACUUUAAAAGAAUUCUAUAGGUGAUUUUAAAGAGAUUAAAUACUCUAUUUAACUGAAAAGAUUGAUAAUAUGAGUAGGUGUGACAGAUCUGUGAAGCUGUGAUGGUGUUCCGAAACCUGGAAGUAGGUAUUAAUUGUGCAUUGAUUGGUUGUAUUCGGAUCUAAAUAACUGAAAACGAAUCUUGACCAACAAGAAUGAGUCGUAGUGGCGUAAGUUGAACAAUACCACCUCGGGCUACGGAAUAAAGGAACAUCAACGCUUUUUUUAAAAAAAACAUAGUUGGUAGAACACUUCAUAAAGUCGGUAUAUCAAAUCUAUUACAAUUAGUUUGUACAUUUUAUUUUAAAGAGCGCAAGUAGUAGACUGAAAUCACAAUUAAUGUUUUAGUACAAAAAGUUUAUUAAAAUUAUUCUUGCUUCCUAUUCUUACAUCAUACGGCGGGCCAUGAAAUUUUCUAGAUAAAAUAAGUAAUCAGCGUAACCUAUCUUAUUUUAUCAAUUUCAAUUUUGUAAAUGAUCAUCCAUGACGGUCACAUGGUAGAACGUAGUUAAAACUUUAGGAAAUUUAAAAAUUUAUUAUAACAAUAUAUCAGCAAUUUAUCCUAUAAUAACUUCUAUUUCGUAUUUAUAAUUGAGAAUUUCCUUAUCAAAUGAGAUAGGUAUCUACAUUUACUUUUAAUUUGUUACGUACACUGUAAUAUAUAGAUGUAUGUUAUGUUUUGUUUCUUAUGUAGAUGAGAUUAUCUCAAUAUUAUGAUGAUCGCACUGGAUGAAGGUCGAUGCUUGAAUUUUAUUUUAAAUUACCUCUGCCCCUCUGACUUCAUCCAGAAGAGCUUAAUCUAAGUUCAACUCGCCGCUAUCGCAUCUCAGAGAUCGCAGUACAGUGGGAGUACUGACUGCUGUGGUACGGUAAGUCUUGUGUAUGUUGACGCUGCAGCUGGACACAGCACCGUUCUCGACUGUUCUGGAGCGCCGGCCGGUCAUAGUCGAUUCGACAAUAAUUAAACCUUCUAGAUCAAGCACUGCAUUUGAAUUUAAUGCAGUGUUGGGUUGCGAGACUGAUAUUGGAAAUAGUUUCAUUCAUUGGAAGAAACGAAAACUCAACUGUAAUUACGUUGUCUACAGUCUAAUAAAAAAUAAUAGAUUAUUAACAAACUUUCAGGAUCUUGUAUGUUCAUCGACUUCCAAAAUCAUACACAAAACAUCAUGUGACGUUGUGAUUGUGAUGCAAAUGUAACAGAUCCACAUGGAUGGUCAUGAUCAUGAUUUGGGAGAUGUAUUUAGAGGAACCUGUUGUACCUUGGCACUGUGUGUACCUAGGCCAUUAGGCUGGUUUCAAAAAUUCCCGCGAUAUUAAAUUAUAUUGUCUAGUGUAUUCUGUACGUAACUACGGACUAUUCAAUUUGAAAGUCUCUUAUCGCCAUUAGGCCGGUGUAUGGUGUUAUCGACGUUAAAAGAUUUUUGUUGCUAAAGUAUUUUAAUAUACUGAACUUUUAUAUGCCAUUUUUAACUAGUAUUAAAGCAAUAAUAAAGUUUGAGAUAAGUAACCCCAAAUUAUUAGAAAUCCACCGUUUUGUUGAAGUUGGAGUAGUGUUGUACCUCGGUCACUUGGUCAGUCGCCAAGGUACAUUUAGAUGUUGUGCUUUGGCCAGGAGAAUAUUUUCUUAAAUUAUUUCACAUUCACGUAAUUGGAUAAAACGGUUUUAGUUAAGAAUAGUUAUAUUUUCCAUAAAUUACCCCAAAUUCCCUAAUGUGUCCUAGGUACACCAUAGUACUGGCCUAGGUACAUAGUGUGUUGCACCUUGGCCAUAAUUCCCAGUUUUCAUAUUAAUUUAAUUAUUAAAACACAUGUAAGUAUGAAAUAUACAUUUUUGAUAUUUUGGAGGUUACUGCCUACCUACUCAAACAAAUGACCUUUCAAAAUAUGCGAAAAUGGUUUGAGUACAGUUGUCAAAUAAAAAUAAGGAAUAGAUAUCUAAAAAAACUGUCCUAGGUACAACAGAAUCCCCUACAUAAUAUAAUUAUUAGGAAUAAAGAUCAUUUGAUAGAGGUUGGUAAAGGUUUGAUACAAUAUGAGUUACGUUUUACCUGUAAUAUUCUGAGUAGGUACUGCCAUUGUAUUUUUAUUCCGUAAUAUUACGGAUAUCUAAUAGUUAAUUAUAUUCACUAAGCUCAGUAUUAUCAUGACUCAUGAAUGUAAUUUGUAAUUAAAUAAGGAUCAAACAAUUGAAGUGUUAUCCGCAAAAAUGUGAAGUUCACACGAAAUAUGCAAUAAUAAUAAAGAAACAAAGAUUUUUUGUAUAUUAUGUUCGUAAAAUAAAUGAGUUUUAAUUAUUA